UGCCAGCCGCGCGUAAAGGUCAAGUGCCUUAUGUCAUAACAUUAGUUGGAUCAAGUUGCUAGACUAGUGAUCUCAUGAUGAAUUGCAAUGGCGUAUCAAUUAUAUUAGUUGGCUCAAACAUGGAUGCUCUGGAAGCCUUCAACAACACGUUGGCUGGUUUUGUCCCGACAUACAAAACCACAAACGGUCAACGGUAUCUUGGAAACGAGUUGUUACGGGCGAAUUUAGAUUUUAGUUAUGCCAAGUGCUUUUUGGUGAUGCCGCGUACAUCUCGCUCUCUUGUGUACAUCGAAGGUGAUAGCUGUAGCAUGUAUCAGGAAGUCAAGCACAUUUGCUUAGACAAUGGAGAAUGGCACACAGAACGAGCAUUUGUUGUACUGUAUCACAGUAAAGAUGUCGUUGGCCUUUAUGAUCGUGACGACAUCCAGUCAUUGUGGGAUCCUGGUCCACAAAAGCAACUGAAGAUGUUUGUAGAUGUAAAUCAGUUAAUCAGCUUCAAAACGGAACCAAAUGAUUGUCAGAAGCAAGCAAUUCUCAAAUUUCUAGGAUGUGACACACUAGUCACUCGACAACCAACGUUAUGUGAAUCAGAAGGACCAACCCAUGUGACGACCCCUUUGUUACAGACAAGCUCUUCUUCGAAGAAGCAAGAAGGCUGCUUUUCUUGUGUUAAGAAACUUUAUAUGCUUUGUCAAGAAAUGUGCUGAUAUCUUCUAAUUUGCAGUACAUUUAGCAGUGCACAUUCUAGGUACUUUAUUGAGGAGUGAAUCAAGUAGUCUUAUAUAUGUAGAUUGUCAAGUGAUUGUCAAAUUUUGUUGUCCAAUUUUGUGUUUGAAUUUGAACUCAAAUAGACUCUCUAAAGAAAAUGAUAAUUUGGUUUAUGUAUACAGCUUACAUGAAUUUUAAUUUGCUGAAAGUGACAAAACAGAUAAGAAAA